AUGUCUCUCAAUCAUUGGUCUAACCAUGGAGUUAAAGGAAUUCAACAAAGCUACCAAGAGAACCAUGAGCCUUCUCUGAUCUCUAAUAAUGCUCCUGUUGAGGUUAAUGAAGAAAUGACACCACUUGGUUUCAAUGGAAAACUUGGUGAACCCCAGCAUGAAGAAGAGGCUAAGGACGUGGGCACAGGUCAAGACUAUGGUUUGGAAUCCAUCCAAUGGGCUCAUGAAGAAGAGAGUGAUCUUGAAGAGGUUCAAGAGGAUGCAUUUUCUCUCAAUGAAAAAUGUGUAAGCUAUUUCUUCUUUCCCUCAUUGGAGAUUAAGGAGAAUAGUUUUGCUGAACGUGAUGAGGGUGCAGUGGUGAAGAAAACUAAUCAGAAAAAGCUUCAUGAGUGUGUCAAUGGCGUCCUAGAUGGAGAGUGUCUACAAAGCUUGUUUGGUGAGCACAUGGAAAGUGCUCAAGAGAAGGACGUGGGUAGAGCCAUCAGGGCCAAUCUGGGAACCACAAGGAAGAUGAACGAACCCCAACCUCUCUCCAUUGAUCCAUCUCCCAAUAAACUAAGGUUGAUCCCUCUAAGGUAUAAGGAUGGGAAGAUUGAGUACAAGAUCAAGUGCAAGGGAAAGUCUAAACCCUUUUCCAGUGUCAAGGCCUUAGUCAGUUCUAAGCUUCAAAAAGAUUAA